AUGAGCUUUAGAGUUGAAGAGUCUCCUUAAUUUAAGGAAGAAGAGUUAAAUCUAUCCAAAAUUUACUAAUAAAGAGAAUCUCACUUCUCCGGAUUCUCGUUCCCAAGCAGUGUUAGGCAUUAAAAACGAUAGACAUUUUAAGCAUCUGUAGAAACGAAAACUCCAACUCCUAAUCAAACCCACAUUGAAAACUCUCCUUGUGAACUGAGCUUUGAAAUAGAGAGAAUGAUUAAGGAAAGGGAACAAUUGUUCACUGAUGUUCAAUUUUAUGAACCUAAGGUUACGUUUAAUGUAGAUGAAUCUCCUCAAAGAAUUAGGAUUCAAAGAAAUAGUGCUCCAAUGCCUAAUACUCAAUUAUAGCAACUAAAUUAAUAGAUCAUUGACGCAGAACAUACUUAUAAUUAGUAUUGCUAUUAAUUAAUUUGA